CAGGACCCCAAUAGUGGGACCUCCUUCUAUUCUUUCUCCCCCUGAAAAUCCCUUAUCCAUUUUUACCCCCUAUUUUGGGUUGCAGCCCUAUAAUGAGGGUCUGGGGAUCUCCCCCAUGACCUUGGGGGUCCCCCUUAACUUGAGGGAUCCCCAUGACCCCUCCCUCUUCCCUUCUCCCUUCCUCCAUUUUUUUUUCCUUCAUUCUCUUCCUUUCCCAACCCAGUUUCCUCCUUGUUUUUUGGGGUGCACUCCCACUGAGAGUCUGAGGGGUGGCUUCCAGCCCCUUGGGGGGGUCCCCAUGGCCUCUCCCUUUUCCCCCCUUUUCCCUCCUUUCUCCCCCGUUGCCCUUUCAUGCCCUUUGUCCUCUUCUUCCUUCCACUUUUCUCAGGCCUAUUUCCCUCCUUUUUUUGGGGUGCACUUCCAUGGGAGGGGUCCCCCUCAUGACCUGAGGAGUCCCUCCUGAUUUGAGGGUCCCUUUGUGCACCCCUCCAUCCCCAGUUGUCGCCUUCUCCGUUUCCCCCUCCUCCUUCUCUACCUUUUGCCCCUUUCUCUUCCUUUUUUUGGGGUGCACCGCCAUGGAGGGUUUCUGGGGGUUUCCCCCAUGAACUGGGGGAUCCUUCUAAUUCGGGGUCUCCCCCCAGAUGACGGAAAGCUGUUCCAUGGCAGCGGGGUGGGGGAUCCCUUUGGCCCCCGCUGCUACAAGGGCGACGUGAUGGGCUGUGGGAUCAUGUUCCCUCGGGAUUACGGCCGGGACAGCGAAGGUGACAGCGAUGAUGCCUCGGAGCCCCCUGAGGUGAAGGUGAAGGUGCGCAAUGUGAUGUACCUGGAGGAGGAGGAGGAUGAGGAGGAAGAGGAAGAGGAGGAGGAAGAAGAGGAUGGGGAGGACAUGGAGCAGGAAGGCAGGAAAGUCGUGGUGUUCUUCACGCGGAACGGGACAGUCGUGGGGCGUAGGGAGGUUGGGGUCCCCCCUGGGGGUCUCUUCCCCACCGUGGGGAUGCUCAGCACUGGCGAGAGGGUCAAGGUGGACCUGCACCCCCUGAGCGGAUAAAGGGGGGGCCAGCGUGGGACUCCCAAAACCUGAAACCCUCUGGUGCUCCUGGACCCACCCUGGGCUCUCCCAGUGCACUGUAGGGUGUUUGCACAACAAUGGAGGCCCCCCCCCAAGGUGGUAUUUGGGGUUUCACUCCUGCCCCCCCCCCCCAUAAUUUUGCCCUUUGGGGACUCUUUGAGGGGGGGUCCCCUAAUUUAAUCCCUCCAUUGGCCUCUCAAAAGUACACCACUGUGUACUUGCCCCCCAAGGUGGUUUUUGGGGGUCUCAACCAUGGCCUCCACCAUAUUUUUGGGGGGCCCAUUCCUGCCCCACCCCCAUGUUUUUGGGGGACUCAAUCCUGCCCCCCCCCAGUUAUCCCAAUGACUGCUUCAGGUGGCUUUGGGGGGUCUCAGUCCUGUCCCUUCCACCACUGGUGAAUCUUGUGCACCCCCCAGAACCCCCCAAAUCACCCUUUUGACUCUCUCCAGUCACCCCAACCCCUUCCACUCCACUGACUCUCCAGUGCCCCCCCCAGAUCACACCUGUGCCCCGCCAUCUCUUCCAGCGCUUCACAUUCUUGUGGGGCUCCAGGGGGCAGAAUUAGGGGUUCCCCCCUUCAUGAAUGUAACCCGGCCCUUCCAAUCCCGUGGGACCCCCCAGACCCCCAGUUCUUUGGUGGGGGCUGGGCUGGUUUUGGGGUCCCCUUUGACGUUUGCACAUGAGGGGGUGUCCCCAUGCCCCCCCUCAUCAAAUAAACCCAUUUCUUACACCAAAA